AGUUUAAUCAAGUCAGAGACUGUUGGCUUUACCCUAUAAAUAUGACCACCUUUGCCUAAUUAAGAGAAGAAGAUAAGAGAGAGAGAGAAAGCCAUCAGUUCAUAUUGAAGGUGCAUCCAUGGAGGAAGACAAGAAGAAAGCUGCAGAUUCAAGUGGUGAUCAUGAGGUAUAUAUGCCAACUCAUUAGAUAGGAGAUGGAAAUAAAGAGAAGGAGCGUGGCACUUUGAAGUCAUCUUCAUCACCCAACCACAAAAAUCUGAGUUCAGACAAAGAGGAAAACGAGCUACUUGAGUCAGCAAAGGCUGAAAUGGGGGAAGUGAUGGAAGAGAAUCAAAGGUUGAAGAUGUAUUUGGAGCGUAUGAUGAACGAUUAUCGGACGCUUCAGAUGCAAUUCCAAGGCAUGGUUGAAAAGGAAGAAGGAGAAAAAGCAGCAAAGAGCGAAAAUGAUAAUAAUACUCCCCAAGUAACCGAAGAAUCGGAUCAGCUGGUGUCCCUUAGCCUGGGAAGGGCUUCAGCUGAGAUGAAAAGAUCAAUAAUGUGUGGUGCUGGGAAAGAUAAUGAAGAAAAUGAUGAGAAAGAGGGCCUAACUCUUGGCUUGGACUGCAAAUUCAAAUCUUUGCAGCCCAAUAAUCAAAGCACAGAUAAUAGUUCAGAUGAAGUGAAGGAAGAAAAUGGGGAGACUUGGCCUCCAAGUAAGGCCUUGAAAACUACAAGAAGUGGAGAGGAUGAAGUUUCACAACAAAACCCUGCUAAAAGAGCUAGGGUUUCUGUUAGGGUCAGAUGUGAUGCCCCAACGAUGAAUGAUGGGUGCCAAUGGAGGAAAUAUGGACAGAAGAUUGCGAAAGGGAAUCCGUGCCCUAGGGCAUACUAUCGCUGCACUGUGGCUCCAAACUGCCCAGUAAGGAAACAGGUUCAAAGAUGUGCGGAUGACAUGUCAAUUUUGAUCACAACAUAUGAAGGAACACACAACCAUCCACUUCCACUUUCAGCCACCGCGAUUGCCUCCACCACUUCCGCCGCCGCCUCCAUGCUAAUGUCGGGUUCAUCAACCUCCGCCUCCACCUCAAUGCCGCCAGGAACCACCACCGCCACCACCACCUCCACCGCCAAUCUCAACGGACUAAAUUUCUACCUCUCCGACGCCUCAAAACCAAAACCCUUCUACAUCCCAACCUCUUCAAUAGCCCCAACACUUGGACACCCCACAAUCGUCCUAGAUUUAACUUCAUCGGCUCCCUCUUCCACAUCAUCAAAUCUAAGUAGAAUAGGAAGUUUAGGAAACUACCCUCCAAGAUUUUCUUCUACAAAUCUCAACUUUAGUUCUUUGGAAUCAAACCCUCUCCCCAUUUCUUGGAACCUUGGAACUACUCAACCUUAUAACAAACCCCACAUAAGCUCAUCUCUUAGCUUUGCCAGACAACAACAACAACACCAACAACAACCUUUUCAUCAAGACAAUCAAAUUCUUUUCCAAUCCUAUUUGUCCAAAAACAACCUUAAUAAUAACAACACUCCUUCACAGUCUCUCCCACAAGAAACCAUUGCAGCUGCAACAAAGGCGAUCACUUCCGACCCAAACUUCCAAUCUGCAUUAGCAGCUGCCCUUUCAUCAAUCAUUGGCACUAAUAAUGGAAACAGUGGAACAUCCUUAAACAACCUCGGAAUCCAUGGAUUAGCGGAGAAAUUAAGCCAGAACUUGAAGGCAGCGGCCGAGCCUUUUCCCAUCCUUUCUAGCUUUUCUCCAUCUCCAAAUCCAAAUAAAUGCUCUUCAAGUUUGUUGAGUAGGCCGACAACGACAUCCUCGGCAAAUCCUCAUCCUGGGAAUUUGAUGUAUCAUCUCCAACAAACCUCAAAGAGUAAGUCUUCCUCUCCAGGUGACAGUAGAUAGAGAUCAUAUUUUGCAAGGUAGAAUUUCUUUUUCUGAAUAAAAAAGUACUGGUUUUAAUUACUUUUGUAGAACGGUAACAUCAUUUGUCAAAUGUAAUAUUUUUUCUAAUGUUUAUUAUGAACCAACAACAACGUUCAAACUGUAAAUUAGAUAUAUGGUACAGUUCAUGUAUAAAACCCAUUGACAUUUUGUGAGUUAUUUUGGCUAUUUAUUCCCU